AUGAAAUUUUUUUCAUAUUAUUCCUUUCAUAUAAUCUCAUAUCGUUUUUUCACAGCUCCUCAAAUUCGAAAAGUGGCGUCCGUUUCUAAAACAAUCUCAGAUCGUUAUCAAGAAGCAAUUGUAACAUUAAAUGCUUUACAAACAAAUCAACUAAAAUUAAAAACAACUGAACGACGUGGAAAAUCCAUGAAUGAUAUUCUACGUUAUUUAUCAUAUCUUAACGUUCAGUUGGAUCAUAUUGAUCAGCUUAAUAUAAUUCAUGUAGCAGGUACAAAAGGAAAAGGAUCGACAUGUGCAUUUACAGAAUCAAUUCUACGACAAUAUGGUUAUAAAACGGGUUUUUUUAGUUCACCACAUUUAAUCGAAGCACGAGAACGAAUUCGUAUUAAUGGGAAAUUAAUAUCAAAGGAAAAAUUUGUUGAUUAUUUUUGGCAAUGUUAUAAUGCGAUAUGCAAUGCUGUUCAACAAUCAACUGAGAAAGAACCACUUUAUAUGCCAUUUUAUUUCUCAUUUCUAACAACAAUGAUGUUCUAUGUUUUUGUUCAUGAAAAGAUUGAUGUUGCUAUUAUCGAAGUAGGCAUUGGUGGAGAACUUGAUUGUACAAAUAUUAUCAAAACUCCAAUCGUAUGUGGUAUAGCAUCAUUAGGUUUAGAUCAUGUUAAAAUAUUAGGGAAUACAAUUGAGCAAAUUGCUUGGCAAAAAGCUGGAAUAUUUAAAAAAGAUGUUCCAGCUAUCACAGUACCGCAAGUACCAAGUGCUAUGGAUGUUUUAUUUGAAAGAGCUAAGGAAAAACAUUGUCAAUUAACAAUUGCACCAUCAUUAAAUCAUUAUUCAAAUUAUCCAUUUUCUCUUUCACUUGCUGGAGAUAUACAAGAAAUCAAUGCAUCAUUAGCAAUACAAUUAGUUUUUCAUUGGUUAAGUGCUCGAGCAGGAAAAUCUUAUAAUGAACUUCUCGAAUCACCAUUGAGUAAAGAAAUUCUACAAGGUUUAGCUACAUGCCGUUGGUCAGGUCGUAAUGAAUUAGUUACUACGAAUACUGCAACAUAUUAUCUUGAUGGUGCACAUACUACUGAAUCGAUUGAACAAUGUAAAAAUUGGUUUAUGAAUUCAAUAUCAAAACAACAAACACCAACAAGAAAUAUUCUUUUAUUUUAUUGUUCAAAUGAUCGAGAUCCAGAAGUAUUACUUCAACCUUUAAUGACCUGUAAAUUCGAUUGUGUUGCUUUUUGUUCACCAGUAACAUCAAUGACAAUUGAUGGUAAUUCUCAUACAGACACCAAAUCUAAUAAUGAUCAAUGGCGAGCAAAAGUAGAUAUGAGUGGUGAAAUCGGACGUCUUUCAUUACAUGUAGCUGCAUUUGAAAAACUUUGGUUAUCAACAUUAGAAAAUCAAACAAACAUGCCAUCAAUACAUUGUUUUCAUACAGUAUCACAAGCAUUAGCAUGGAUUGAUGAUAGUAAAUCAUUAAAACCAUCUGUUCUUGUUACUGGCAGUCUUUAUUUAGUUGGAGCUGUUUUAAAAUUACUUGAUGGAAACGAUAAUGAUGAAUGA